UUUGCCGUAGAUCAAGGGCGCAUCAAUCGUUGCCGGAACAAGACUGACUAAGCAUUAGCCAUACCGGUUUAUCAAUAUACAGUACAGUCCUUUCACGACUACUUCCAACCACUGCAUAAUGAACCGGCUACUGACAAAAUAUCAACAGCAAGUAACUGAAAGGCCCUUACGAACAUUUGCUUGCCAAUCAGGCACAAUGUUCACCAUUGGCGAUUUGGUGGCUCAACAGGCAAUCGAAAAAAAGGGCAAUGACCAUGAUGCAGCUCGAACAAUACGUAUGGGCGUCUAUGGCUUUUGUAUAGGUGGGCCCAUGGUCGGUAGUUGGUUCACGUUCCUGAAUAAUGCAAUCAAGAUUCAGCAUCGAGUCAAAGGUGCACUUGUACGGCUGGCGAUUGACCAAACUUGUUUUACACCAACAUUGAACGCUGUAUUUCUGACGAGUAUAAGUUUACUCGAAGGAAGGAGCUUUGCUGAAAUCAGAGAAAAAUUUAGAACAAGUUAUUUCACGGCAGUAUGCAACUCGUAUCGAUUAUGGCCCUUUGUCAACUUGUUUGGCUUUUUGUUCAUUCAUCCGCCUUAUCGACCUCUGACGAACAGUGUUAUUGCCAUUGGAUGGAACGCAUACUUAUCCUAUCUCAACCAACAAGCAUUGAAAACAUCAGCGGACGGAGCACCAGCUCUAGCAGCAUCGAACAAUACCAACGCAUUAAGCAGCGAUACCUCCACCACUGAACAAACACAACCGCAACAACAAGCCGUCGGUUAGAUAACGCAGACACCGGUUGUGAAGAAAAGA